GCUGCGGGACCAGAGGCGCAGGCCUCGGAGGAGGAGCUGAGGACGCGGCGCUGGGCGCACCUGAACGUGACCCGGACUGGGGCAAGCCACUGCCGGCUCUCGCGGCGCAGGGCGCGGCGGGCUCGGUCCUCCGCCGCGCGGGAGCAGGUGAACAGGUCCCGGCCCGAUCAUGGGGCCGAGUCCCAGCCGCGCGCCCUGUGCCCCGCGCCCCGCGCUCUGCGCGAUCGCCUUUAUGGUGGCGGCCUGCGGGCGCGUCGCCUCCGCUUUCAACCUGGACACCCGGUUCCUGGUGGUGAAGGAGGCCGAGAACCGGGGCAGCCUUUUCGGCUACUCGGUGGCCUUCCAUCAGCAGACGGAGCGGCAGCAGCGCUACCUGCUACUGGCUGGUGCCCCUCGGGAACUCGCAGUGCCUGAUGGCUCUACCAACCGGACCGGUGCUGUAUACCUGUGCCCCCUCUCUGCUUUCAAGGACGACUGUGAGCGGAUGGACAUCACAGAGAAAAGUGACCCUAACCAUCACAUUAUUGAGGACAUGUGGCUUGGGGUGACUGUGGCCAGCCAGGGACCUGCUGGCAGAGUCCUGGUCUGCGCCCACCGCUACACCCAGGUGCUGUGGUCAGGGCUGGAGGACCAGCGGCGCAUGGUGGGCAAGUGCUACGUGCGGGGCAACGACCUGGAGCUGGACCCCAGCGAUGACUGGCAGACCUACCACAACGACAUGUGCAACAGCAACACCGACUACCUGGAGACGGGCAUGUGCCAGCUGGGCACCAGCGGCAGCUUCACCCAGAACACUGUGUACUUCGGUGCCCCUGGCGCUUACAACUGGAAAGGAAACACCUACAUAAUUCAGCGGAAGGACUGGGAUUUAUCUGAGUACAGUUACAAGGAACCGGAGGGUGAAGGAAACUUCUAUAUUGGGUACUCAGUGCAGGUAGGCAGAGCCGUCCUGCAGUUCUCAGACAUCACUGUUGUGACGGGUGCCCCGCGGCACCGACACAGGGGCGCCAUCUUCCUGCUGAGCCAGGAGGCGGGCGGAGACCUUCGGAAGAGGCAGGUGCUAGAGGGCACACAGGUGGGCGCUUAUUUUGGCAGCGCCAUUGCCCUGGCAGACCUGAACAACGAUGGGUGGCAAGACCUCCUGGUGGGCGCUCCCUACUACUUUGACCGGAAAGAGGAGGUAGGGGGUGCUGUCUACGUCUUCAUGAACCAGGCAGGCACUUCCUUCCCUGCCGAACCCUCUCUCCUCCUUCACGGCCCCAGUCGCUCCGGCUUUGGCUUCUCCAUGGCCAGCAUUGGUGACAUCAACCAGGAUGGAUUCCAGGACAUUGCUGUGGGCGCCCCGUUCGAGGGCUUGGGCAAAGUGUACAUCUACCACAGCAGUUCCGGUGGGCUUCUCAGACAGCCCCAGCAGGUAAUCCAUGGAGAGAAGCUGGGACUGCCUGGCCUGGCCACCUUCGGCUACUCUCUGAGUGGGCAGAUGGAUGUGGAUGACAAUCUCUACCCAGACCUGCUCGUGGGGAGCCUGUCGGACCACAUCGUGCUGCUGCGGGCCCGGCCCGUCAUCAACAUUCUCCACCGGACCUUGGUGGCCAGGCCAGCUGUCCUGGACCCCACACUUUGCACAGCCACUUCCUGUGUGCAGGUGGAGCUGUGCUUCGCUUACAACCAGAGCGCGGGGAACCCCAACUACAGACGCAACAUCACCCUGGCCUACACCCUGGAAGCUGACCGGGACCGACGCCCACCCCGGCUCCGCUUUGCACGCAGCCAGUCAGCUGUGUUCCACGGCUUCUUCUCCAUGCCGGAGACACGCUGCCAGACGCUGGAGCUGCUCCUGAUGGAUAACCUGCGCGACAAACUCCAUCCCAUCGUCAUCGCCAUGAACUUCUCAUUACCUCUGCGGCUGCCCGAGCGCCCCCGGCUGGGGCUGCGCUCCCUGGACCCCUACCCGGUUCUCAACCAGGCGCAGGCUCUGCAGAACAGCACAGAGGUCCAGUUCCAGAAGGCGUGCGGGCCAGACAACAGGUGUGACAGCAACUUGCAGAUGCGGGCGGCCUUUGUGUCAGAUCAGCUGCAGCCACUGAGCAGGUUCCAGUACAGCAGGGAUGUCCGGAAAUUGCUGCUGAGCAUCAACGUGACCAAUGCCCCAAGCCAGGAACGCCUUGGGGAAGAUGCCCACGAGGCUCUGCUCACCCUGGAGGUCCCACACGCCCUGCUGCUGUCUUCUGUACGCCCUCCUGGGGCCUGCCAAGCUAAUGAGACCAUUCUGUGCGAGCUGGGGAACCCCUUCAAGCAGAACCAGAGGAUGGAACUGCUCAUCGCCUUUGAGGUCAGCGGGGUGACGUUGCACACAAGGGACCUUCGAGUGCAGCUGCAGCUCUUCACGUCUAGUCACCAGGACAACCUGCAGCCCGUAGCCCUGACUCUGCCGGUGGACUACUCGCUCCAGGCUUCCCUGAGCAUGGUGAAUCACAGGCUGCAAAGCUUCUUUGGGGGAACUGUGAUGGGUGAGUCGGGCAUGAAAACUGUGGAGGAUGUGGGAAGCCCCCUCAAAUACGAAUUCCAGGUGAGCCCUGUAGGGGAGGGGCUGGCUGCCCUGGGGACCCUGGUCCUAGGUCUGGAGUGGCCCUAUGAAGUUGCUAAUGGCAAAUGGCUGCUGUACCCCACGGAGAUCACCAUUCAUGGCAAUGGGUCCUGGCCCUGCCAGUCUCCUGGAGAUUUGGUCAACCCUCUCAACCUCACUCUCUCUGACCCCAAAAAUAGUCCACAGCGCAAGCGGAGAGAGCUGGACCCUGGGGGAGACCAGGGCCCCCCACCCAUCACUCUGGCUGCUGCCAAGAAAGCCAAGUCUGAGACUGUGGUGAACUGUGCCAAUGGCCGUGCCCGCUGUGUGUGGCUGGAGUGCCCCCUCCCGGAUGCCACCUUCACCACCAACGUGACCGUGAAGGCGCGAGUGUGGAACAGCACGUUCAUCGAGGAUUACAGAGACUUUGACCGAGUCAGGGUAGAUGGCUGGGCCACUCUCUUCCUGCGAACCAGUGUCCCCUCCCUCAACAUGGACAACAAGACCACAUUGUUUUCUGUGGACAUCGACUCAGACCUGGUAGAGGAGCUGCCGGCCGAGAUCGAGCUGUGGCUGGUGCUGGUGUCCGUGGGUGCGGGGCUGCUGCUCUUGGGGCUGAUCAUCCUCUUGCUGUGGAAGUGCGGCUUCUUCAAGCGAGCCCGCACUCGUGCCCUGUAUGAAGCCAAGAGGCAGAAGGCGGAGAUGAGGAGCCAGCCGUCAGAGACAGAGAGGCUGACCGACGACUACUGAGGGCAGCCCCCGCCCUGGCCCACCCGGUGUGACUUCUUUAGGCGGACCCGCUACUACCAGAUCAUGCCUAAGUACCACGCGGUUCGCAUCCCGGAGGAAGAGCGUUACCCGCCUCCAGGGGGCGCUGUGCCCACCAAGAAGCACUGGGUCACCAGCUGGCAGACCCAGGACCGAUACUACUGAUGUCCUCCUGAACCCACGUCCGUCUCCCCAUGUCCCUUUCUUCCUAUUUAUCCUUAAGUUAUGCCUCUGACAGCCCACAGGGGCCACCGCCGCUGGCCAUCUCCCUGCAGAACUGGCCAAGCCAGCACACUGUGCCCUGAGGCUGGGUGUGCGGGGCAGGACCUGACUGCUCCUGGCUCGUGCUUGGGCAACAUGGAUGGUGUACAGACGUGCCUUGUGCCAGCCUCUGACUGUGCCAAACCAAGGGCCUCUGCCAAAGCAGGAGGAAAAGGCCCCCUGUGUGGCGACACCUCCCCUCCUUUCACCCUGGGUCCACCCUGAGCCAUACCCAAUGGACCGACUUUGCUGCCGAGAGUAAACUACUGACCGGGAGCAGCCGGCUGGGCCCAGCUGCAGCUCCCCAGCCCCUGUGCCAAGCGGCUGGGGUCCCGCCAAGGACAGACCAGGGGGCAUUUAGGCGACCUGCCUGCUCACACACAGAACAAAGAAGCCGGAAAGCAGGUCCCAGAAAGGCUUUCUUUCCACACUUCCCUGGGACGCCUUUCUCCUGGGCCAUGGACCAAGCUGGCAGGGAACACAGCCCAAAGGGACACAGAGACAGCGGGCACGGCACAGAUGGGCCACUCCAGCACUGCCCUGGAGCACGGUGGAAGGCUCUGGCUGGUAGGGGACCAACCCUGAGCCGAGCAGAUGCUACAGGAUGAGGAGAUACCACUUCCCGCCCACCCCUUCCAUCCCAGCCUCAGAAGUGCCUGAGAGACCCCACAGGAUGUUGGAGGGAGUGACGCUUGAAUGUAGGACAGGGACAGAGCCCUGUCACUGGCCCAGCUGGCCAGGCCCUACUCUGCCCCCACAGACCAUGGAAUGGGACCUCCAGGUGGCAUUCUUGGCUUUGGCUUUCAGAGCCACUCCCGCUGACCCUCCUGUAUGGGCUGUGUCUGAGGCCCACAGCCCUAGAGGCUGGUCCCCAGUACCUCCUCUGGCUGCCCCUCCCCCUCCAUGGUACUGUAGCAAGGGGCUCCAGUGCACCCACUUGUGCCUUCUUUGUAUACAGGCUUCUCACGGCAACCAAUAAACAGCUCCCAGUUUGUA